AUGCCGCCUGCACUCCCAGGCUUCUAUUAUGACGCCGAGAAGAAAAGGUAUUUCAAGAUCCAACCCAAUCAUGUUGCAGCACGUGGAUCAGCGAGUAAGUACUCGAAGGCGGCCCUGGAGAAGGAAGCCGAGGAGCAGCGCGAGCAGAAGCGGAGGAAAUUGUUUGAACAAAGGGAGACGGAGAUGAAAGUGAAGCGGUCAAAGGUGCUAGAGAGUCCACUCGGUGGGGGAUGGGGUGUUACGAGGGAGCUCGGCGUGAUGAAACUUGACCGCAAUACCAUCAUGAGAGCCUGGGCGCAGGGUCUGCACAGAAUGGAAGUUUCGAAUUUCCGUCGCCCCGACGGUGGCUCUGGAACAUUCGUGUACGAUACGGCCAUGGGGGUCCUUACGCAUGCUGAGGCGCUCCGUGGCAAUGGAGCCGAUGCUUUAUUUAUCGUGAACCAUAUUGUGCCCCCUGCUUGUAAUUUGGGAAGGGGUAGUUGGGUUGAGUUGAGCGGGCUGUCGGGUUGGCAUGUUUUCGAUACUCAGAUUACCUCGAUGGACAUUUCGCCUUCAAGGGUGCUCAUGACGACAACAAUGGGCGGCAGCCAACCAGCUUGCGUUCACCUAACCAAACUCAUCCAGCCGGAACAGUGGAGGGCGCCGUACCAGGGCUAUACAAGGGCUCGAUCACAUGAACGACAUAAUGAUCCGCUAUCGUACACAAGCGAUGUCUCUACCAUCAUCCGCCCCCAAACGAAUACUACGUUCUGGGCUUCCUCUUCCCGCCCUGACCCCACGAUUUCUGAUUUUGCUAUCGCCACAACGUGCGGUACUGUACUUGUUGCGGAAUCUCAAUCUUCGUGGACAUUUGAUCGAAUCCAGACCUUCAAGUACGAGGACCCUGACGCCAGCCCCGAGGUGCUGGCUGUUGACUGGCUCGACACGAAUGUCCUACUCAACGGAUGUCGAGACGGUACAGUGAGAUUAUGGGAUGCGAGGACUUGUGGCGCCAGUGGGACGAGUUGGAGAGUGAAGCAUCCGAGUUGCAUCAAUCACGUCAGGAGGGUCGACGCGAAUAGGAUCGUAGCUGCUGGGUUGGAGAGGCAGAUGGCGGCUUACGAUUUACGUUACAUACGACCCAAAGACGAUCUCGCCAAUGGUGUCACGAGACCUUACGUGGAGUUCCCAGGGUACAACAAUAAAGAGCUCAAUGGCAUUGGGGUCGGAUUUGACGUUUGUGGGAAUCUUGUUGCGGCAGGUACGGAUGAGGGAGGGGUGCAGAUUUUUGAUGGGGCGAGUGGGCGAGAGGUGACGGUGGGCAUGGGAGGGGAUAUGGGCAAGGAUUUAGGAGGGCCGGCGAGGUGUUUGAGAUUCGUGGACACAGAGCAACGGAGGGAUGGGAGAAGAUUGUUUGUGGAAGGUGCGAGAGGGAUUGAGCAGUGGACUUGGUGA